UCGCCGCCUCAGACAAGACGACCAAAGGUCAGCUCCUCCCCCAGGGGGGGGGCGGGGUGCAGGGCCGCGUGUUGAGGCCCAUGUGCUUCGUGAAGCAGCUGGAGGUCCCUCAGUACGGCGGCUCCACGCCGCGGGCCGACCUGGCCCGGGAGCUGGAGAGGUACUCCAAGGUGACCUUCGACUACGCCAGCUUCGACGCGCAGGUGUUCGGCAAGAGGAUGCUGAUCCCCAAGAUGGCCGCCGGCAGCACGCCGCCCAGAGCCUUCAGGACUAAUGCCUCGUUCCCCAAGUCCCCGUCUCCCAGCCUCGGUCUCCACGGUUACGGGAAGAGCUCCUCAUUGGCCUACGACUUCUCCCAGGACGCCGAGGCCGCUCACAUGGCGGCCACCGCCAUCUUGAACCUGUCGACGCGCUGCUGGCAGAAGCCGGAGAACCGGAGCGCCCCGCUGAAGGGGCCCUCCAUCGAGGUGGAUGAGAACGGGACCCUGGACCUGAGCAUGAAGAAGCCCAUCAAACGAGAGGGCGGCAGCCCCGGGGUCCGGUCCCCAGAGCCUUCCUCCUCCUCCUCGUCUUCCUCACUGCUUCACAGCGGGAUGACGUCACCCAACCUGCACGCCUACAAGCAGGAGGAGUGGGAGGAGCCUCUGGAUUACACCAAGCCCAACCGCCACCGGGAGGAGGAGCUGGACGAGGUGGAGCCCACGGGUCGCUCGUUGGUCUCGUCUGACGCUGAGGACGCCGACAUGAUGCAGGACGGGCUGGAGGACAGGAAGUACCCCGGAGAGGUCACAACCCCAAGCUUCAAGGUCAAGUUCCAGCCCAAGGACAGCAAGAAAGAGCUGCUCUCGUGCCCCACCCCUGGCUGUGACGGCAGUGGUCACAUCACUGGAAACUACGCGUCCCAUCGCAGUCUGUCUGGGUGUCCUCUCGCUGAUAAGAGCCUUCGCUCCCUCAUGGCGGCCCACACCCCUGAACUCAAAUGCCCGACUCCAGGAUGUGACGGCUCAGGUCACAUCACAGGAAACUACACCUCCCACAGAAGUAUCUCUGGGUGCCCGCGUGCCAAGAAAAGUGGAAUUAAAACUCCUACCAAGGACAACCAGGAGGACUCCGAGCUUUUAAAGUGUCCGGUCCCCGGCUGCGACAGCCUGGGUCACAUCAGUGGGAAGUACGCCACGCACCGCAGCGCCUACGGCUGCCCGCUGGCCGCCCGCCGCCAGAAGGAGGGCCUCCUGAACGGGACCCCCUUCUCCUGGAAGGCCUUCAAGACCGAGGGCCCAACCUGCCCCACGCCGGGCUGCGACGGCUCGGGCCACGCCAACGGCAGCUUCCUGACGCACCGCAGCCUCUCAGGAUGCCCCAGAGUCCUGAUCCCCAAGAAGAAGGCCAAGUUCCCCCCCGAGGACCAGCUGAGCACCAAGUUCAGAGCCAGUGAUGUGCUGGACAGCGAUGACGACGUCCAGCAGCUCAACAAAGAGAUCAACGACCUCAACGACUCCAACCACGACAUGGUGGCCGACAUGGUGACCCUGCAGACUCAGAUCUCGUCCAUGGAGCAAAACCUGAAGAGCAUCGAGCUCGAGAACCUGGUGAUGGAGCAGCAGAACCAGAACCUGUUCCUGGAGCUGUCGGGCCUGAGCCGGGCCCUGGUCCGGAGCCUGGCCCACAUCCGCCUGCCUCACAUGGAGCCAAUCAGCGAGCAGAACUUUGACAGCUACGUGAGCACCCUGACCCACAUGUUCUCCAACGAGGACCAGAACCCCGAGAACCGGGUCCUGCUGGAGACCAUCAACACAGCUGUGAAGGGCAUCAAAGUCUGAGGACGCUCACAGAAUGAUGGAGGGAUGAGGAGAUGAGGAGAUGGAGGAAUGAGGAGAUGAGGAGAUGUGGAGAUGGAGGGAUGAGGA